ACUAACCAUGCAUAAAAUUAUAAGUCCAAGGAACAAACGAAUGGGCAACAAAGGUCCUCACUGGGGUAUUAUGUGACAUGCAAAGCAAAAAUUAAUCACUCACUCUCUUCACUAGUGGGAUCGGGACCUUUUUGGUGCAAAGAAUGUGAACAAUCAUCAACACUCGGCCCUAUCGUCUCUUCAACACGGUGGCAACCUCUAAUGUUAGAGUUCACGGGACGGUUGGCAUCACUAGCUUGUCCGCAGGUCUUAGACACGAGUUCAAAUAACUGGAAAUUGUUUUUGACAUGGGGAAAAGGAGUUUUGGGUUGUGGCAAACACAUCAUGAGGUCCUACAUCUUCACCCUAAACCUGGAGGUUCUAUGUUUUCGACUAAGAACCUUCCCAACAAACAAUGGACACUAGCAUCGGCCAAAAACCUUGCUUAUCCCUUCCAACCUAUCACCCAUCAUGAACGACCUUUAAGCGCUCUUCCUCGCUCUACUCUUGCUAUCACAUUUUGAAUUGUUAGUGAAGGAGUUCUAAAACAAUGUGGCGGUGUCAGUGACUUGAAUACCAAGAAACCCAAUGAGAGCAUUGAUGACUUGAUAUUUACACAUGUUUUUGUCCACCAUUCUUAUACUGUUUGAGCCUCGUCUCUCGUGUUUUAGGCCGAUUUCACGCUAGGUUGUUCUUGUUUGUGCUAUUUCAGGUCCUAGUACGUAAAGGAAGGUUUGGGCACGAUUUCGGGGUCGAUUGAACGAAGUUGGGACGUUUGACGAAAAGCAGAGGAAACCACACGGGCUGACCUAAAUUCCACACGGCCGUGUGACUUGGCCGUGUGGAACCCCUUUGCGCGGGCAAAGCCACACUGGCGGUGUAAGGGCCCUUUCUGGCCGUGUGGGAUUUCCAGAGAAUUCACACGGGCAUGCAAUAUUUCUACACGGACGUGUGGUUUAGGCCGUGUAGCGUACUUUGUGUCACUUAAUCAAACGCCGCAUUUUGAAACGUCACACUGGCAGCUGGGGAUUUCACGCGGUCAUGUGGCCUGGCCGUGUGAUCGGGCAUAACUGGGUAUUUAACCCAAUUUCGGGUCAUUGAAGGGGGAGAUGAUUUUCCAGAGCAAAAACAGAGUCCUAGAGAGAUAAAGUGCGAAGAACAAACCCUAUAGAUGAUUUUGGAGCUGGGUUUCAUCAAUCAAGCUUGGAUUUCAUCCUUGGAGUGAAGAUUAUCAUCCCAAAGCAGAUUAUUCCCAUCAUUAUGAGUAUGACUGCUUUGUAUUUUGUUUUCCUCUCUCCCUCUCUCUAUGGAUUAGAAAUCUCUCACUUGGAUAUGAAGAAACCUAGUUCCAUGUGGAUAUUGAUUGUAAUGACUUUUAGAUUGAUAUACUGUUCUCUUAUAAUCGAUUGAUGCAUGAUUCAUUGAGUCAAUUGAAGCCUGAUCAACUUUUCUUGAUUUCUGUUGCAACCUGAGAUAGAUAGAAUCUGAUUAGGUUGUUGGAGCUUCUUCAAUCGCUAGUAGUGAAUUGAUUAUACGAGAGUUAGUCAAUUCACUACUUUGUACUGGAAUCUAAUUCCAAUAGUGAAACUCUAUGUUAAUUGCCUCAGCGUUCUAUCCCGGUGAAGUCUAGUCGUCUGCCGGGUAGUCUGUCUGAGAGGGAUUGGUCAGCUAAAGAGAUUCCAAGCUACUGUCGGAUCUUCCGCAGUUUAAUCAACAGUAAAUCAACCAAAGAAAAUUACAAAUUUGACCUAACUAAGGAGCUAGGGGGACUCAUUCCCGAGUGACUCUUCCCUUGCUAAGAAACUUCGAACCAUUUCCUGCUUUCUUACUGCUUUUGUUUUCAAUCACUCUCACUACACUUAGUCCCGCUAGAUAACAGGUAGUCACGGAAUAUGCAUUAGAUCUAGACCCCCGGUUGAUAAAUUGAACUUGCCACUAUUUUGAAUUUCCAUUCUGCGAUUGCACUUGGUCACAGUUUGUUGUUGUGUUUUAGCGUGUCAAGUUUUUGGCGUCGUUGCCGGGGACUCCUAGGUUGUUGGAGAAACGUGAAAGUCUGUUACGUUAGCAUUUUUCUUUUCUUUUCCACCCUUGCUUUUCACUUGGGUGUUUUGUUUUUGUUGGUGCAGAUCUGAAACAUGGAUCCUCUUGGCUUCUCCAACCAUUGGGGGUAUCAACCACCAUCUGGCUAGUAUUACCCCGAGACUUCCUGGAGCAAUCAAGGAGGAGAGGACUAUGGAUUCGGGUUUCAGUACCAACCCCCUACUAUGUAGAACAACCAAAGCCUUGGGAACCUCAAUAACAAUCUCCUUUUUAAGAAGAAUUCCUCCCACAACUAGAGGGGCUUUCUGAGUUGGAGUUAGCCAUGGCGGCCUUCACGGGCCAUUCUGCAGAGCCAUGCUACACUCCACUGGAAGAUCCGAACAAACAAUUGAGGCUUCUUGUGGGGCAGUUUUCUCGAGACAUGGAGAGAUCAUGCUCCAAGAUGGAUCUUCAAAUCCAAGCCCUUGCCCCUUCUGAUCCCUCAUUUCUCCAUGAAAUGGAGGAGGCUGUUCAAUGCUCAACGAAGCAAAUAGAGUGGGUGGAGCAAGUUUGCGCACAGUCUGCUCAAGAUCACCUUUCUGCUACCAUACUCGAAGAGGAGGAGGAUGACGAAGGCUACGAGGACAUUGUGGAGCAUAUAGAAGUUGUCGCGGAGAGCUCUCGUGAUAAUCAUGAUCAGGAAUGUCCUGUGGUGGCAUAUCACACCUUUCCCCAUUUCUGCUCUGACAGGAUGGGCCCGAGCAAGGAGAUGCACGAUGAUCUUCUUGAAGAAAUUGCUUGGUGACUUGCUCUCCAAUCGGUGUCGGAAGAAGAAGAACGAGAAAGGGUGAGGAAAGAAGUUAUGGAGGAUGACAGAAGUGAAGAAAAAUGAUUUCUUGAUCUAUCCAAGGGGGUAUACCACAUUUUGAAGAUGGAAGGGGGGGGGGGGGGGUUGAAGAAGCAAGUGGUGUCCAGGUGGAGGAUGAAGUUGAGGUGGAAGAGGUUUGCACCGACCAUGAGUUACAUGUGCUAUCUCCAUCAAACUUCGAGGAGCUUCUUGGCAAGGACCCAUUUGCAGUGUCUCUUUGCUAGACCAAGACCACAUCAACAUCAAUCCCUCUUGGUGGAUGAGAUGGUGGUCAAUCGAUGAUAUCUUAUAUGGUUUUGGGCAAUAAGACAAGAGUAGACGC